UUAAGAGCCAGAAGAUGGCUGUCUUGACCGGGCAUCGCGUACCUUCAACGGCAUCACCAACUUCGCCCGGGCUAUUCUCACGGCUGACACCCGUCGCUCUGCUGCUCUGAAGCGGCCCCGCUGGACCCCCCCGUGGGGCUGCCCCCACCGCAAAUAUUGACCGAGAUAAUAGAAGAAAUGGCAGAGACGGAAAAAGAGGGUAGACCCCCCGAAAAUAAAAGGAGCAGAAAACCGGCUCACCCGGUGAAGAGGGAAAUCAACGAGGAGAUGAAGGUGCGAGUGGGGCAGGCUCAGCCACAGGGAGGCGAGGCGGGGGAUCUCCAUGGCAACCCGUCCUACCCCAUGAGUUUCGCCGAGAACACGAUGAACGAGCUCCUGGGCUGGUACGGGUACGACAAGGUGGAGCUGCGCGACUCUCACGACCUGGAGAUCCCCAACUACCCCGACGGGGAGGCGCGCCAGCACAUCUCCGUCCUGAAAGAAAAUUCUUUGCCAAAACCCAAGAGUCUGGAGGAGAGCUCCGGCUCCCCGAAUUUCGCCAACAGCUCCCACGCCCCGCCCAACCCCAGGAACGGCGUGUCCGAGCCGACCGCCGCUCCCUCCUCCUCCUCUUCCUCCUCCUCCUCUUCCUCCUCCUCCUCCUCCUCGUCCAGUGCCAAGGAGCACGGGAACGUCCCCAUCAUCGUUCCACUGAUCCCGCCCCUCAUCAAACCGCCCGCAGAGGAGGACAUGUCUAACGUGCAGAUCGUGUGCGCGUGGUGUCAGAAGGUGGGGGUGAAGAGGUACUCCCUCAGCAUGGGCAGUGAGCUGAAGAGUUUCUGCAGCGAGAAGUGCUUCGCCGCCUGCCGCCGGGCCUACUUCAAACGCAACAAGCUUGGAUAUAUCCGCCAUUACCCUGCGCGAGACGAAGACGGCCAUGCUGAGAAAUUUCCCCAGCAGAGCUUUGGUCAGGACACGCCCAGGCUUGUCUUCAAGAUUAACAGCGAUGUUCUUGUGUGUGACUGGUGUAAGCACAUCAGACACACUAAGGAGUACCUGGACUUCGGGGCGGGCGAGCGCAGGCUGCAGUUCUGCAGCGCCAAGUGUCUGAACCAGUACAAGAUGGACAUCUUCUACAAGGAGACGCAGGCGGCCCUGCCGGGCGGGCUGGGCAUGGAGGGCAAGCCGGACGGCGGAGGGGUGCAGCUCCUCACCCCCGACUCCUGGAACACCCCGCUGGGGGACCUGCGGCGCAAGGCUCCGUCCCCGGGGGGCCCCUCGGGCUCCAGCUCGGCCUCUCCGUCCGAGUCCAGCUCCGCCGUCUGCCCCUCGUCCUCCGCCGGGAAGGUGCCCACCCCGGGCCCCCGGCCCCACGACAGCCCCACGCUGGCCCCGCCCAUUCCCACGCUGCACCCCCCCAUGGGGGUCCCGCCGGGCAGCCCGCCCAUGGUGAUGACCCCCCGCGGGCCCGUGCCGCUGCCCUUCUUCAUGGAGCACCAGAUGAUGCAGCAGAUCCGGCCGCCGUUCCUCCGGGCGCCCCCCGCACCAGCGCCCGGCCCCAACAGCCCCCUCUCCAAUCCCAUGAUCCCCGGCAUCGGGCCGCCCCCGCCCCCACGGACCCUGGGCCCGCCCUCCAGCCCCCUGCACCGGCCCAUCCUGUCCCCCCACAUCCACCCGCCCUCCACCCCCACCCUCUCGGGGAACCCCGGGAUGAUGCCCCCGCACCCGGGCGCCCACCUCUCGGGGCUGCCCUUCCCCCCCGUCAACAUGAUGCACAACGGCCACCUGCCCCCCAUGCCGCCCGUCAUGAACUUUGGGGUGCCCUCCCUCGCCCCCCUGGUGCCCCCGCCGACCCUGCUGGUGCCCUACCCGGUCAUCGUGCCCCUCCCGGUCCCCAUACCCAUCCCCGUGCCCAUCCCCUUCAGCCCCAAGGCCUCGGGCGAUCGCCACGACAACGGCGACACCAUCCCGAGCGCGUCGAGGGAAGGGGGCGAAUCCAAGGGCCCCGGACUGUUCUCCCCCGGAGGAGGAGGAGCAGGAGGAGGUGGGGGAGGAGGAGGAGGGGGUGGAGGUGAGAGCGGGGACUCCAAGCAGGGGCCCCCGAAAUCCAACGACCUUUCGCCCGGCGUGUCGGGACACUUGCUCUCCAGGACCACGCCGCCGGAGCAGUGCAGGACUGACGGAGUGGACCUGACGGUGAAGUCGGAGACUCCCGAGAGAUCCCGCCUCUCCCUGCCUUUGCACCUCCCCCUGCCCGCCCUGGCCUCUCCUCAGGCCCCACCCCAGGACGGGGUGAUAGACCUGACGAUGGGCCGCCGCGCGCGGCUACAGCAGGUGAUCCAGCGGGCGGCGCCCAGCGUGCAGGUGAAGCUGGAGCCUGAGCCCCAGAACAUGCCAAGCCUGGCGUACCCGGGCGAGCCGGGGCGGGGCGGGGCCAUAGUUUUAGGGGGUGUAGCCUCAGCCGUAGGGGAGGAGCAUAGAGACUCAGAGGACCCUGUUACCCUAUCGUUACCCCUGCCAUGCGGGGACCCCGCCUACUGCCCCCCUCCCUCUGCUGCCGUGCCGCCCUCCCCUCCCGCGCCCCAGCCACCGCCCACCCUGCCCCACCACGCCCAACACCCCCCCGCCCCAGACUCCGCGCACUCCGCCCCGUGCAACGUCAUCGUCAACGGCACCCGCUCGCCAGACCCCGCUCGGAGGCCCACGCCCGUCACCGCUGGCGCCACGGUGACCGGCGUUGCCGCAGCAACCAGCGAGGAGCCGGCGGUCAGCGAGCUGGAGUCGGUGAAGGAGAACAACUGCUCGGGCGCGGAGCGGGACGCAGGUAAGAAGUCCCUGUUGUCGUCGUUGGCGGAGGAGGCCGCGGCGGCUGCCGCCAUUUUGGGUGGUGGCGGCGGGACCGGUGGGGACAAGCAGGACCCGGGGUGCCUGAACGAGGACGACCACGCCUACGCCCUGCCGCUGCUGCCCAAGGCCGGCUGCGUCAUACAGGCCCUGCCCAAGCCCAGCGACAAGACCGCCAUCGCGGCUCCGCCCCUGUCCGGCCCCGGGGCCACCGACCAGCAGCCGCCCAUAAAGAGGAGGUGCCUGCGAAUUCGCAAUCAGAACAAAUGA